AUGGAUAAUGACAAACCAGCGAGCAUUGGGUGUUCAUGUUUAACACUUGCACCUUUUAAUUCAACCACUGGAGGCAGGUAUAUCAGUCGAGAUGCAAAACAAAAUCCGACACAGUGGAAAUGCGGCCGACAAUUAGAUGUUUCUUGUACUCAAGACGAUAUCACAAUUUGCUACACUUUAUCGAUAACGUUGGAUUGGCAAUCCGCAGUCCGUCCGCCCGAUAUUCGGAAGAUCAUUGUGUCCUCUAGAUCUGGUGGUACAGCAUUAACCCAGAAAUGCUUGGUGAAAUUUUCCAACAACGACAUUCAAGGAAUAGAGGUACCCGAAACAUUUUGUCGAAAAAUCAAUGUGUCCAUGGGAAAGGAUAACCCUCCCUGUGGCAUCCAUAUCCUGCGAAACCAGACCACCACAAUAUAUCAAGGCUCCGUUCUUUUAUUUAAACGCGAAGAAGGCAAAACUAACGAUCACAUAGAAGAACUCCCAUGGUCAUGCUCAGCUGAAAACAAAAUGACAAAGGUUGACACUCACCUCAUUCAAAUGAAACAAAACUCAGAGUGGAACCUGUACUCACAAUUUCAAUCCAGUGAACCACUACCAGCUGUCAAUUUCGCCAUAACAAAUGGAGACGGUCAUCCGGUCUCGGAAGUUCGGUGGGGAUCACUAAUCAGGAUGGUUUGUAACUUGACCAACAUGUAU